AUGAACAAAUAUCCACCAAAAAAAUUGAUCAAAGAUAUUGAUUCUACUGAUGUUCAAAAUUUUAAGUUAUCAUUUAAUUCUUCUACCAAUGUAUUAUCAGAAGGUGAUGAAGGUUAUGAAAAAAGUAUAAUAAGAUGGGCUGAUAACGCAAUUAAAAAGGCGGGAAUUGUUGUUCAAGCAACUUGUCUUGAUGAUAUCGUUAAAACUGUUAAAUUCGCUAGUAAAAAUCAUUUGGAUUUUGCCGUAAGUUGUGGUGGUCAUUCAAGUUCUGGUACUUCAAGUUCUGAAGGUGGUGUAGUAUUAGAUAUGAGAAAGUUAAAUAAAGUAAGAGUUGAUGUUGAAAAGAAAUUAAUUUAUGCUCAAGGUGGUGCUUUAUUCGGUGAUGUUGAUAAUGAAGCUUGGAAAUAUGGUUUGGCUACUGUAGGUGGUAUAGUUGAUCAUACAGGAAUUGGUGGUUUAACUUUAGGUGGUGGUUUUGGUCAUUUGACAGGUAGACAUGGUUUAACGAUCGAUAAUGUGGUGGGUGCCACCAUUGUUACUGCUGAUGGUGAAGUGAAAGAAUUAUCUGAAUCCAAGAACAAAGAUUUAUUUUGGGCAAUUAGAGGUUGUGGUGCUAAUUUUGGUGUUGUCUAUGAAUUUAUUUAUAAAGCACAUGAACAAAAGGAAGUUUUUGCUGGUGUUAUAGCUUAUCCUGCUGAAAAAUUAGAUACUAUUAUUGAAGCUAUUAAUAUUUGGCUUAAAAAUCGUCGAUCAGAAAACGAAGGUAUGGCAGUUGUUAUUUCUAGAUCUCCUCCAGAAAAUAAGCCAAUUAUUGCACUCCUGUUAUUUUCUAAUGAUCCAUCGGAACAAGUUUUUAGAGAAAGAUAUUCAGUUAUUUAUAAUUGUGGUGAACCUAUAAUGGAACAAGUAGGAUGUAUGCCAUAUCCUAAAUUAAAUACUUUAGCAAAUGGAUUCGCUAGCUUUGGAGAUCGUAAAGCAAUGUUUAAUGCUCAUAUUACUCAUUUAGAUCUUUCAAAUAUUCGUGAAGCUUAUAAUUCUUAUAUUAAAUUUACUGAUGAAAAUCCAACUACCUCUCAAUCAUACCUUGCAUUUGAUUUAUAUGGUACUGAAAAAUUUUGUUCUGUACCUACUGAUUCAACAGCAUUUUAUCCUCGUAAACCUUUUUAUAAUGUAGUUAUAGUUCAAAGAUGGUUAAAUGAAAAGGAUGAUAAAAUUGUUUAUGAUUGGGCAAAAAAGAUACAAAAUAUUAUUAGUAAUGAUGAAGAAAAAUCUCUUUAUGUUAAUUUUGUUGAUAUGUCAGAUGAUAUAGGAUAUAAUGAAAAUAGAAUAAAAAGUACUUGGGGUGAUAAUCUUGAAAAAUUGAAAGAAUUGAAAGGAAAAUAUGAUCCAAAUGUUUUCUUUAGAAAAGGUGCUAUCAUUUGGCCAUAA